UCAGCCGACCAUCAUAUGGCAUCCGACGCCGCCUCCCACCUCUCUCGGCCACUCCGUCUCCUUCUCGAAUCCGCCCCAGAGGCACCCUCCGCCGAAACCAUCCUCGCCCUUGCCGAUAGUCUCGUCCUCGAAUUCUCCACCUCGUCCAGCCCGGGCGCUCUCCUCAGUGCGCUUGAAGAGGAGCUCGAAGAAAUCUACGAUCAGGUCAUCGACCAUGCCACUCCAAACCAGGCGGAGGUCUUCCUCGCCGUAUUGUACCAUCUUCAUCCCAUAUUGCCGCCUGCAUCGAUUAUCUCGACUUGGUUUGACCUGAUAUUGCGGCCGGCGCUGCGCGAGCCGAAGCUGCCUACCCCUUCCGUGGAGCAUGCGAAGCAGCUCAUUCUGACCGCGCUUGACCCUGACUCUCGUGCGAUUGCUGUGGCGGAUGAUGCUUCGGAUGAGGAAAGGGAGAGCGAACGCGCAAGACAGAGGGAGAAGAUCGGCGAAUUUCGGCGGCGACUCAUGGACUUGUAUCUCUUGGAUGCGCUCAAUGAGAGUUCCGGUGAGGAUGUACUUGAGUGGGCGGCACUUGAUACGGACCAGCGAGAGAAAAAGGCCUGUUGGAAAGCUAACCUGGAGGACAUACUUGUCAGGGUUGGGCUAGAAAGGCCACAGGAUUUCUUGACCGUUGUCUACCACUGUUUCUACUCUCCAAAUACGCGCUUGCAACUGUUCAUCCUCCUCAAUCGAUAUACCUCUCGGCCCGAAUUCCAAGACGUUUCCUCCGUAUUUGCCUCUCACAUGUUAAUGACGAACAUCAUCCACUGCCUCAUCUUUGACGGCUCUUCCACCGUCGCGAUUCACGGUCUUACCGUGCUCACAAAAUUGCUACCGAUCUUCGCCGUUAAGGCUUGCGAAGACCUCAAACGCCUCCUUCCUAUGUUAUACGUUGUCCUCGCUCGCAUCAUCUGCUGGCGCGAACGCGAGAAUCCUCUGCCUUCUCAGGCCUCCAAUUCUAAUGCCAUUGCCGACAGCGACGCGGAGAAUAAUGACGAACAGGGCCUUCCAGAGACUGUAUAUGCGCUCCCAAUGAGAGAGGAUCUGGAUUGGAGACGUUUAGAGCAGACCUUUCACGGCGGCGCGUCGUCUCCGCCAUCCGCAGCCGACUACUUCAGGUUUCUGUACUACCUCUUCCCGUGCAAUACCAUUCGCUUUCUGCGAUUCCCCGUUCAGUAUCUGACCGGUCGCGAAAUUGACAACCCGUAUGCUAUUCCAUGGGAAGAAGCGCUAGACGAGGAAAAGAUUCGGAGCAAAAGCGAGCCACUAAUGCGCGGACAUAUCCUACACCCGCUGCUCAUCUGGCGCGGACCCGAAGAGGAACUCGCGCGUCCCGACUUCUGGGCUCAGUACGAUAUCGCGCGCAUCGUCGGCGACUGCACAAUGCUGGAUGUGCGGAACGCGGCGCUCGGCAUGCAGCAGCGCGCGCCCGCGUUGCUCUCUACCGACCUUGGUUCCAGUUCUUCCCUUGUCUCCAUGCCAGUCGCCGUCGCGCACACUCCGUCUCUGCCUACCUCCAUCGAACCGUCCCGUGUCUCCUCGCCGACGAUUAUCCCGGGAGACCGUAUCGCCCUGCCGGCACGUCCCCGGGUGUCCCUGCAGGACAUGAUCGCGACGUCGGUCGCGCUCAAGUCCGGGCUGGACGUCGAGAUGGUGGACCCAUCACCAUCAUGGUCCAUGUUGCUCUCGUCGCGGCCGCCGACCCGCUCGCCGUCGAUGGACGCGGUGCCUCAAGAGCAUGCGGAAGGCGGUGAGCGGGCACGGAGGGGCUCGCGGGAGUCACAUCAGGAGUGGGGCGGGCAGCACGUGCCGAUGCAGAUUGGGCAGGCGUUGGCGGGGCUGCAGAGGGAGGUGUUGCUGUUGAGGAACGAGCUCAAUUUUGAGCUGUGGAACGCAAGAGAGAAUGUGAAGCAUAUCGGGAGGCUGUACGAGGACCGGGUGCUGUCAAAGACGGCCGAGCUGGAGAGGCAGGGACUGCAUAACAGGCUGCGAGAGUACAAAGCGCAAAUGACGCAUUUGCAGCGUGCGCUGAAGGAGCACAAGUCGCAGGCGUUGACAGUGAAGAACCAGUAUGUGGACUGGAAUCGAAAGUUGCAGGACAAGGUUGCAGAGUUUAAGAACAAAGUCAAGAGUUUGGAGUCGGAGAUGAACGCUAUGCGCGCAGCGGACAAAGACGCUAAGGAGAAGUACGCCGCGCAAGACAGGCUAGUAGCAGAAUCGGCGCAGAAGGCGUUCGAGUUGCAGACGAAGAUCAAGGAAAGCAAGCCCAAGGUUGAUAGGUUACACGAUUAUGAGAAGCAGAUCGAGCAGCUCAUCAAACUGCAGCGUCUAUGGGAGAUCGACAUCAACAAGCUGAAAGAGCAGACGGAGUGCUUGCAAGUCUUCACGAGUAAAUAUCACAAGAUGGAGCUAAGAUUGGAUACCUACGAGAAGACCCACGCUGAGAUGAACGAAAUGAUGCGAAGCUACCGGCAACGCGUUCACACGCUGGAGACUCAGCUUUCGUUCGCACAUAGACAACAGGACAGUACGCGUAAAACAAUAGCAUUGGCCAAUAUGUCGUCGGCCGGUGCAGAGGUGAGCAGGUUAAAGCAAGCGAACCAACGGCUACGAGACGAUAACGCAGAACUACGGGAGGAGAUUGAGGAAGUGAAGGCGAUGGUCGAGUUGCUGAAGCACCAGGUGAGCGAGCAGCGGAGGGUUAGCAUGAACAUGGGCAGGAGGCAUUCGCGGUCGGUGUCGGGCAUGCAGGAACAAGGAACUGAGAGUGACGCGGCGUCGACAUGAGGUUGAGGCGAUGGUUCGAGUGGCUGCAGGUGCUUUGUUGUGAUCACGAUCGGGGAGGAGUUGUUGUACUCAAGUGUAACGCGGAAGGAUAUGGAAUACGGA